UGGUUUGCUUGGCCAGCACGGAGCAUGAGCCCUGUCCACCCCUCCUCCGCGGGCUGUCUCCACUAGCUCCUCUCCCCGUCUACCCAUCUCCGUCCUCCUGUCCCUCCGGGCUGCUCGGGCGCCACUGCUACUGUUCCCCACCUGCCCCACCAGCCGAGCCAAAGGGCGACGUGACUCACGGCGCUGCCACCAGCCCACGGCUUGCCCGUGGCGUAUAAAGUUUGCCCCGGCGAGAGGCGGCCCAGCCCUGACUGCUGGCUGGAGGCGCGCAGAGCAUGGCCCGAAGCGCGGAGCGAGGCUGCGGGGGCGCAGGCUGGGGGCUGCGCGGCGCCCUAGUUGCCCUGGCCCUGCUCUCGGCGCUCAAUGCCGCAGGAACGGUGUUUGCGCUUUGCCAGUGGCGCGGUCUGAGUGCGGCGCUGCGGACGCUAGAGGAGCAGCGGGCCAGGGAGCAGAGAGAGGACAGCGCCCUGCGCAACUUCCUGGAGGAGUUGAGUCGCGCGCCGCGCUGGGCGCCCGCGCCACCCCCGGACCCCGUGGGCGCCGCGCGCAGCAAGCGCAGCCAAAGCGGGGAGCCAGUGCCGCACCUCCGAGCGGAGAGCCAAGACAUGCUGAUGAUGAUGACCUACUCCAUGGUGCCGAUCCGAGUGAUGGUGGACCUGUGCAACAGCACCAAGGGGAUCUGCCUCACAGGCCCACCUGGCCCACCAGGACCUCCGGGCGCUGGCGGCUUACCAGGACAUAACGGGUCGGACGGACAGCCUGGUCCCCAGGGCCCAAAAGGCGAAAAAGGAGCAAAUGGAAAAAGAGGAAAAAUGGGGCUACCUGGAGCCACAGGGAUUCCAGGGCAAAAGGGAGACCCUGGUGAACUGGGCUUGACCGGAAACGAGGGCCCAGUGGGGCAGAAGGGUGAAAAGGGGGACAAGGGGGACGUGUCCAAUGACGUGCUCCCCACAGGUGUCAAAGGCGACUCAGGCCCACCCGGCCCACCUGGCCCACCCGGCCCUCCUGGGCCACCAGGACCUCCAGGACCCCCAGGGUCCCCUGGAAGAAGAUCCAAAGCCCCUCCUCGGCAGCCAAACAUGUUCAACGGCCAGUGCCCAGGUGAGACAUGUGCUAUCCCCAACGAUGAUACCUUGGUUGGCAAAGCCGACGAGAAAGUCAGUGAACACCAUUCCCCACAGGCCGAAUCCAUGAUCACUUCCAUUGGAAAUGCAACACAAGUACUAAAGGUCGCGGAGACAUUUGGGACCUGGAUAAGAGAGUCUGCCAACAAGAGUGAUGAGCGGAUCUGGGUGACUGAACAUUUUUCAGGCAUCAGGGUGAAGGAGUUCAAAGACCAGCCCUCCCUGCUGAACGGCAGUUACUCGCUCAUCCAUCUCCCGUAUUACUUCCACGGCUGUGGGCACGCGGUUUACAAUAGCGCCCUCUACUACCACAAAGGGGGCUCCAACACCAUAGUGAGAUUUGAAUUUGGCAAAGAAACAUCGCAAACUCUGAAGCUUGAAAAUGCCUUGUAUUUUGAUCGAAAAUACCUCUUUGCCAAUUCCAAGACAUAUUUCAAUUUGGCUGUAGAUGAGAAGGGCCUUUGGAUCAUCUACGCUUCCAGUGUGGAUGGCUCGAGCAUCCUCGUCGCCCGGCUGGACCAGAGCACCUUCUCUGUGGUGCAGCACAUCAAUACCACCUACCCCAAAUCCAAGGCCGGCAAUGCCUUCAUCGCCCGAGGGAUCCUCUACGUCACGGACACCAAAGAUAUGAGGAUAACAUUUGCCUUUGAUUUGGUAGGAGGGAAACAGAUCAAUGCAAACUUCGAUUUAAGAACUACUCAGUCUGUUCUCGCCAUGUUAUCGUACAACAGGAGAGACCAGCAUUUAUAUUCCUGGGAAGAUGGCCAUUUAAUGCUCUAUCCUGUGCGAUUUUUGUCGGCUACGUUAAACCAGUGACAGAAUUCAUUCUGUUCCCCUCAGUAAGCUUCAGGGCUCCCCUGGCACCAUUUAUGUCCCAACAGAAAACUGUCAUUAAGGGUAGCCAGGUACCUAGCUGUCAUAGUUUCAUGACGUGAGAGUUUAUAUGGUUGGUAGAUGCCCUUUACAUUCAGAUACUUUAAAGGAAAUGAAGAGAUCGGAAGUCACAAUGGCUGAGAUUUGGUGAUUCCUCCACAAACUAGUUGGGCAAGUUACCCCUCCGUGGCAGGCCCUCCCCCGCCCCACCCCCACCCAUGGGUAAUGUGAAAGAGCUGGCUAAGAGGAUGGGUAAGGUUUUCUCUACCUAUAGGGAAUUCUGUGAUUUUUGGCCAUUGCUGCUUUUACAAU